GAGAGACCAAAAGAAAUUCGGUAUUAGUGAGAAGUGAGAAACAAAGCAAUGGCGGAUAAGGGAAGAAGAGGUGAAGAGAAGAAGGGGGAAGAAGGAAGGAGAGGAAACAAAUGGAGUGAGGUGGAGGAGCAAGCGGAGAAUGUAAAGGAAAGAACGAAAGAAGAAGAAGAUGCAGGUAGAGGAGUUAGAAAAGGCAAUCAAGAGUUAAUUUGGGGGACGGAGAACACAAGUUGAGGAGUAAAGCAAAGCGGUUGAAAGACGAAGCAAACAGGUAAUUAGGGGAAAGGGUAAGAGAAUUGAUCCCAAAACUGGAGUCGACGAGAUAAGGUCUUCAAAUUCCUUAUGUCAUUUCUGAUACAAAAACUACUUUUCUUUGUGACAUGUGGUAGUUUGUGUGAUGGGUCAGUGCCUUUUUAUCUUUGCAUAAAUAAGAUUGUGUGGG